AUGACGACGACUUCGAAACCGCUUCCGUCAGCCCCCAAGGUCGACGGUCAAUCCCCACAGGCCAUUUCACUGUAUUUCACAGAGAAUAUCGCUGCUCCCUUGUUGCCGUUUGCACUGCCACCGUCUGGCCUGUCCCGUCUCGAGACUACCACACAGCUGGCAUACUGCAACAAUUUACUCCGCGCUCAUCUGACCUCUCCCUCGUCCCUCGCAUCCCUGACCGCCUCCCAGCAAGCAUCGGUGGACGUCAUCCUUCAGGAUGAGGAGGAGCAGAACCAAAUCCGGUGGUUGACUACCAGGGUCGUCGAGGAGUUCGCGGCAGAUGUACUCAAGACCUCGGCCAAGAUCUCGGAGGUCUUGCUUCUGGGACCGUACCUCGACCAGGAGUACCACCGCAAGCUGCUAAACGUUUUUAUCGACGAGUUCGAGAAUGCAACCUUGGUGGACGUUGAUGUACUCCAGGGUAUAGUGCAGCUUGUACAGUGUGCUGCGUCUGAUUACCUCCUUCCUGAUGACCUUGUCAAGAUCCUGGGGAUUCUUCGAACACACCUCCAGGAUAUCCACAAGCAGACGACCGAGCAUCCAUACCAUUUGACUCUGGCCCUCUCUGGUCUCCUCGAUGCUAUGGUCGAAGGCAAGGUCAGGGAUCUGAGUCGUGUUGUGGACCAAGAACCCCUGGCAGUGCUCCUGGGCGGAUUGUCGAGCAGCUCGGACCUCUAUCUCAAGCACCAGGCAGCCUACGCCAUGCAAGGACUGCUCUAUGUUCCAAAUGACGAGACGCGUCGACAGCUUGUGUUGCGACAUGCUGGAAACAUUGCCAUGGGUCUUCUUGGCGUCGCGAGCGUUUACAAUCUUGAUGUUGGGGGAUUUGCAGACGGCCUUGGACAGCUCAAAGACGCCGCCAAGAGCGCAUUCGAGGUCGGGUCCCAGGUUGUUGGUGGCGCACAGGCAGUAUUCAAGAGUGGACAGGGACUUUUUGACAGUUUGAAAGGUGGCGCGGAGUCUGGAGGAAAGAAGCUGUGGUACCCUGCGUUGCGCGAGGCUCAGGAACAUGUCAGGAACGGCCGCCUGGCAAACUUCAAUCGUUUGGUUUUGGAGGCUCCUUGCUGUCGCGAUGUCGAGUUCCAAUGGGGUGUGUGUCAGCUACUGGGUGAGAUUACCAUUGAUCUUCUCUGGGAUGUUGCUACCCGUCAAAACGCCGUCGACUUUCUUGGGGAACUGUACAGAAACGAUACUAUCCGUAACCCAGAUGGGGAUGUCGACAGGUGGAUUUUGAAUAUCCUCCGCCAGGUCGUAGCUUUGCCCGACGCUGCAGUUUCGGAACACGCUCAGUCACUACUUCGAUGCCUGGAAAAGGAAGGCAACGUUAACAAGCAAGCCGUCUACCGCGAUAUUCUGGCAGGUCCUCUCAGCCCAUACCCUCUUAAGGUCCAGCUCUUGCCAUCGCCAUCGUCACCACUACUCAAGAGAGUCCAGGCCGCCCCCGCUGUCAACCACGACAUUUACGUCUUGAAGCUCCAGCGACUGAGCGAGCGAACCAAUGCUGUCUACAUUCCACCGCAGGCCAAGCCCGCCCUCAAAUCCGACGACGACACUCUUUUCCCGCUCAUGGAGAGGGUGCAGGAGUUCCUGGCCAGUCACCGAACGGUUAUGCUGUUGCUUGGAGAUUCCGGAGCGGGGAAAUCGACAUUCAACUUGCAACUGGAGCGAACUCUCUGGAAUAGCUACAAGGCCUUUGGACCCAUCCCGCUCUACAUCAACCUCCCGACCAUCGAAAACCCAACCUACGACCUUAUCGAGAAGCAGUUGACCUACUACAACUUUACGGAGGACCAGAUUCUGGAGCUCAAGUUGCAUCGAGAGCUCAUUCUCAUCUGUGACGGAUACGAUGAGAGUCAGCUCAAGACCAACCUGCACACCACCAACCAAUUCAACCAGCCAGGACAGUGGAAAGUCAAGGUUGUGAUCAGCUGUCGUAGCCAGUAUCUGGGCGCCGACUAUCGGUCCCGGUUCCAGCCCCAACCAACCGACCGCUAUGCUCGUUCCACACCCGAUCUAAUGGUGGAGGCUGUCAUAGCGCCGUUCUCGAGGUUCCAGAUCGAGCAGUACGUCGAGGAGUAUGUCAAGAGCCAGCCGGCAGCGCCAGUCACUGUCCAGGACAGAUCGGCAUGGACAAAGGACGACUACAUGCAGACGCUGAUCAAUGUCCCUAAGCUGAUCGAAUUGGUCACGAACCCCUUCCUUCUGACCCUGUCUUUGGACGCCCUUCCAGAAGUCAUUGAUCCCAAGAAAAACCUGUCGACCAUUCGAAUUACGCGUGUGCAGCUUUAUGACGGGUUUGUCAAGCAGUGGCUCAGAGUUAAUCAGGCACGAUUGAUGAGCAGCCCAUUGACCGCAGCCGACCAGGAAGCAUUGGACCUGCUGGUGGAAGAUGACUUUUUCUAUCACGGUAUCGAGUUCCAAAAGAACCUUGCGGCGGCAAUCUUCAAGCAGCAGAAGAGAAAACCAGUCGUCCAGUAUACCCACCUCCGUGACGGCAAGACAUGGAAGGCCGAGUUCUUCCAUCCCAGCGACAGUCAGAUUAAGCUGCUGAGAGAGUCGAGUGCGAUUAACCGGACUGGCAACCUUUUCCGGUUCAUCCACAAGUCGCUUCUGGAGUACUUUUAUUCAAGAGUCGUCUAUGAUCCGCUUGACUAUGACGCCAAUCCCGAUGCCGAUGCCGAUACCUAUGCCGAUGCCGAUGGACAACCGUCACCUAACGACUACAAAGACAGGCUGUCACGCGGGGAUAUUAUCAAGGAACCAUCGGUCAUGCAGUUUCUGGCGGAGCGCGUGGACGCGAACCCGCUUUUCAAGAAACAGCUUUUCGAUACCAUCGAGGACUCCAAGACGGAUGAGAUGGCGAACCAGGCGGCGGCGAAUGCGAUCUCGAUCUUGGUCAGGGCUGGAGUUCGGUUCAAUGGCGCGGACCUGAAGGGCGUCAGGAUUCCCGGGGCCGAUCUUCGUGGGGCGCAGUUUGAUAGUGCGGAUUUGCGGGAGGCGGAUCUGACAGAUGUUAACUUUAGCAAGGCGUGGCUUCGACAUGCGAACCUCAGCAAGGCGCAAAUAGAGAGGGUGCAGUGCGGAGAGCUCCCGUUUCUGGAGGUAGGCAUGCUGGUUUCGAAAUGCGAGUUCACGUCCGACGGGACUCUCCUUGCCGUGUCGACAGAGGAUGACACGAUUUGUAUUUAUGAGACUGAUGAGUGGAAACUGGUUGCUGAGUAUCCUGGAAGGUCUGCUAUUGCUGUCUCGCCGAUCGCUCGAGAGCUAGCUAGGGGGAGUUUUGGUGGUACGGUUGAGGUGGGUGACAUUCUCACGAGUCUAACCCGGUUGACCUUACGUGGCCACAAUGCCGUUGUCACUUGUAUCUCGUACUCGUGCGAUGGGUCCCUGAUCGCUACCGGGAGUGACGACGCCACGAUCCGGAUCUGGUCGGUCGAGACUGGCGAGACCUUGCGUGUGUUGAGAGAGCAUCAGGACGUUGUGCACUGUGUACGUUUCUCACCCCAUGGCAAUCGGCUUUUAUCCGCCAGCAAGGACUUUACGGUGCAGAGUUGGGACGUCAAGACUGGAGAGCACCUCGGGAUUAUCGGACGCCAUGUCGAGCCUAUGCGGACAGUGGCCUAUUCUUCUGACGGCUGCCAGUUUGCCACCAGUGGUGACGAGUUCCACAUUCGACUCUGGGACGCCGACACAAGGGAAUGGCUCCGCACGCUCAUGGGACACCGUAUGACAGUUCUCGACUUGUCAUAUUCGCCUGACAGCAACCAGCUCGCCUCUUGUGACAUGAACAGUAUCGUCCGUUUGUGGAAUGUCCACACUGGCGAGUGUCUGAGCACGCUUUCGGGACAUCGAUACAGAGUCAGCACUAUUGCGUAUUCACCUAUUGGCGACUUUAUUGCCUCAGGGGCCUGGGACGGGACGGUGCGGCUUUGGAAGGCUGGCGAGGCGGCGGUAUCCGAUGCCAUUUCGGACGGGCAGUUUGAUAGUGCGGUCUGUGUCGAUAUCUCGCAGGAUGGCAGGACGAUCGUUACGGGUCAUGACGACAGGACGGUGCAGUUUAGGGAUAUUAUGACAGGGGAACCAAAAGUGAUCCUGAAGGGUCAUUUGUCUCCACUUGUCGAUGUUCUGUAUUCACCGUGCUUCAAGUGGAUUGCUUCUGCCGGCCACGACUGUGCCGUGCGACUCUGGUCGGCCAGGACAGGAGAGUCUCUGCACGUCCUUGAGGGCCACACUCGGACCAUUUGGGUCCUUGCUUUCUCUCCUGACAGCGCCUGGAUCGCAUCAGGGAGUAAAGACGCGACUGUUCGAGUCUGGGCUACUGAGACUGGCGAACUCAAGUUCCUUCUCGAUGGCCACACGAACGAGGUCGGAGACGUCACAUUCUCCCCCGACGGCGAUCGGAUCGCUACCUGCAGCGACGAUAAUACCGCUCGCGUUUGGUGCCUCAAGACUGGAACCCAACUCCUUUCACUCCAACACGAAAGCAUUGUCGUACAACUAUUUUACUCCCCGAACGGACAGGACCUCUACACUUUCCAAGAAGGAGAAUUGAGCCUCCGGUGCUGGAACCCUCUGACGGCCGAACGGAUCCCGAUCUCUCCUCGAUUCGACCAGAUAACCAAGGGAGGCACUGUCUGGGCAAUGUCGCCUGAUGGACGGUUCCUGGCGGGGUCGCGGCCAGAUGGCGUGAUGGGACUGUGGGUCUGUUGGUCAGGGACGUUUUAUGAAGUGCUUCGGACUUUUAUCGGACUGGUACUCAAGAUCCGGUGGAGACAGACAACUGAUGGCGACGGUUGGUUGUACUUGUCGACGCGAUGUGUGGGCGCGUUAAAGUUCUGGAAGGUGGUCGACAAGGGAAAGUCGAUCGAGUUGCAGUUGGUUUCGAGUGUGGGGUUCAACGUGCUUUCGUUGGAGGAGACCGAUUUGUCGGAUGCUGUUGGAUUGAGUUCUCUCAACCGCGAUUUGGUCAAACAGCGGGGAAAGACAGUCUUCUAA